GUGAUACUCUGCAUUUUAAGGAUUUGGGGUGGUGUCAGCUUUUCCAAAACCAAAAAGACUGGCAAAAAUUUAAGGAAAGGAUUAAACAGUGUGUUUAUCUGUUCUAAUUAGGCUAGCAUGUCGUGCUAACUAGCUCACUAUCUGCAGUAGUAAGCGUUGCUUACAAGGGCAAGGAGCAAAUCAUUAGGUAACUACAUUAUUGUCAGAUGAAGCAGGUUACAUUAUAAAAAUCCCAGUUCAUGACUCUCACCCACUCUAGUAUUUCUCCAUUGUGUGGAAGUGUGUGGAGUGUGUGAAAAUGUUUGCCGCUCUGCUAACGUCCUGCUCUUGAUGAGAUUUGGGGAAGUUUACACUCAGGCAACCCCAGCUCACAUUACCUGAGAUAGACUUCUGUUUACCCAACACACUGGUUAGUGUCCUCAUCUUAAAAGCUUUUUUUCUUAUAAUGUUAAAAGUGAAAACAUACUGUUUGAGAAUACAAACAAGUAUGUAAGCUAAUCUUACAUUUUUCCAUAUUAUACCAUACUAGCACUACUGAAGCACACUACACUGCAAUAAAAGAAUUGAAUAAUGCUGUUUCUUUAUUUCAUAGUCUUUACAUGGAAAUCAUGUAUGUAACAUGCAUUUUGUUUUAAAGUGAGUCAGCUUGAAAAAAGAAAAACCUGUUAGCUAGCUAGUUACAGCUGAUAAAAUCUAAGAUCAUUUAUGCUGGCAAAGUCAAUGUUAGCUGGCUAUAAAUGAGAAGUUGCUUCACCUACGCCUGAAAUCAAGGAACCAUUGCUUAAAAAAUUACCAAGAAUUUGUGAAGUGGUAUAGUGUUUGCCACAUUUUACAUUGGAAACAGCAUAUGUGACGUGCAAGAAUGGAAAACUUGGUCCUCGGUAACCCAGAAACCUGCAGGGGUGAUAGCGCUGAGCAUGUUCAUCUCCAAGUUCUUGUUGGAGGAAGGAUGUCAGAUGAGGAAGAAGGAAGGAAGGGUGUAAAGGAAGGAGAAGGAGGGAAGUGUAGGGAUUUUCCUGAAGAUGAAUAUGAUAUUCUGCCCAGUAUAAAUAGGUUUAUUUUUAGGUUUAUUUAAUAGGUUUAUUUAUAUACAAAAACUUGUUCUAUCCAAAUAGUAAAAAGUAUUUUCUUUAUUAGAAUGACCGUACAGAAGUUCCCUAGAAGUCACUGAGGUCUAGCUUGCUUUGAGGGCCAAACCGGUAUUUUUACAUGUUUUAGCAACUUGUUUGAGGCUAACAGCUACUGGUUUCCAUUCAUUUCAGUACAGUGUGAAAAUCAACAUGCAGGGACCUGAAACUUGAUGUAAUGUAUUGCUGAACAACGUUGCACGUUGUGUAACAGCAAUUACACAGAGGGCACACAGUAAUGUGGAUGUGGUAAAGAGGAGAAUGUGAGUAUGACAGCUCCUUAAAAAGCUGCUGUCAAAGGCAUAUUGUUUUCAUGUCAAGAAAUACUUUUUUUUUUAUACAAACAGUGACGUGUGAAGAGCCCAGGUGUGUAAAUGAAACAGGAGUAAGAGGAGUGAAAGAGUGUAGAGAAGGGAGGAGGUAUAAAGGAAGUAGGAGGGAGCAUGAGGGCAGGUACAAGAAGCUGGAUAAAACCUGUAAUUAUUAUCCUACGGAGUUUACUUAGCCUUUACUCGAUCUCUCUCUCUCUUGUCUGACACACAUGCAGUGUUUGUAUAGACUGAUAAGCUCAGGGAGAGAGAGCAAAAGAGAAAGAGAGAGAGAGAGAGAGGGAGGGAAGAAGGGAGGGAAAACACAGCCCAGCUGAAAGAGUGAAAACACACACAGGGGUGAGAAAACCUAUGAUUGUGUUACAGAGAGAGAAGCAGUCAGAUAGGUGCAUGAAUACACUGAAGCAGACAGAAAAAAGACAGAGGAAGAAAACUCAGAGUAAUUGAGACUCUGAGAGAGAAAGAAAGGUAAAGUGUCAGAGAAGGAAGGAGGAAGACGAAGUGAAAGGAGAUCAUGGCUCUGAAUGGGAAGGUGGCUCUGGUGACGGGGGGUGCUCAGGGCAUUGGGAGAGCUGUGGUCCAGUCACUACUGCAGAGCUCAGCCAAGGUGGCUGUUGUCGACCUGAACAAGACCUGCGGUGAAGAGUGCAAGGCAGAGCUGGAUGCAGAGUUUGGAGAGGGCAACUGCACCUUUAUUCAGUGUGAUGUGUCUAAUGGAGACACACUGAGAGACACCUUCCAGAGUACGGUGGACCUGUUUGGUCGCCUGGAUAUUGUCAUCAACAACGCCGGCAUCAACAAUGAAAAGAACUGGGAGAAGACCAUACAAGUCAACCUGACCUCAGUAAUAAAGGGGACCUACUUGGCACUGGAACACAUGAGUAAAGAGUAUGGCAAAGAAGGAGGCAUUAUCAUCAAUGUAUCCUCUAUGGCAGCCUUCAUGCAUUCCCCUCAUCAGCCUGUCUACACUGCUACUAAACAUGGAGUCAUUGGCUUCACUAGAGCUAUGGCGGACGCGUCCUCUCAGGGUGACUAUGGUGUUCGUAUCAACGUCCUGUGUCCGGCCUUCGUCGACACUCCUCUACUGCACUCAGUGGAACACGAGGACAACAUGGGAAAGUUUGUCAAGUUCAAGGAUGACUUCAAGCGCAGCAUGAACAAGUUUGGAGUUUUAAAGCCAUCACUGAUAGCAGAGGGCAUGAUGAGGUUGAUCAUGGACACCAAUCUGAACGGAGCAGUGAUGAAGAUUACCUGCUCCAAAGGAAUCCACUUCCACACCUAUGAACCCAUGUCUGCUUGAGCUUCAAAAUGCUGAACUGAGGAGGACUAUGCAGUGCUUUAACCUGUCUGACCGCAACACACCAGAGACUGGUUCAGGACAACAUCUGGCUGCUGGAAUUCAUAUCAGAACUGCAUCAGAGCAACGGAUCUUACUGGAAAAACUGACCUGAACAACACCUGAUCAUGUAUAUUCACCAAAUUGUAACAGCCUAAUUAUGCUAAUAAUAUGAUCCUGAUCAUCAUUGCUAUUAGAAAACAUCCAAUGUUUUCACUGCCAGCCAAGAUAUUAACCACUGGCAAACCAAAAUUAUAAAUGUGUUUUUCAGUAUAGUGUCAGUAAAUAUCUGACAGUCAGUGUCACCCACCUCAGACACGACUGAUUAUGCAGCUUCUUUGAUUAAACAGUGUUAUUAUAAGAACUGUAAUCGUUAUUUAACAGCUAGUUGAUAUGGUUUAUACAAAAAAUUUUAAAAAUCCUGUGGGAUAGUUUGAUAUGAGUGAUAUGGGACUUUUAUUUAUUGAUCUUUUAGUAACAAGACUGUUCCAUGAGCACUCUUGCAAGUGUUGAAGGGAAUAACACGGGUAUCAUAUCAGAGUACUGCCAGAGAAAAGCUCACUGAGUGUCCAAAUGAAAGAGGUUGAUUUUCUGGGAAGGUUGAAGGUGCUCAGUUUUAACUGUCUGUUAGAAGUUGAUAUUUUUUGGUCUAAAGGUAGUGCUAGAGGAAAGGUCAGAGGGUCUUAGGGAGACCUACAAGACAGGGAUAUUUGGGUGUGAUGCAGUGUAGCAGACUGGUUGUUGGAUGGCACAGAAGUUGUAGGGAGGUGGUUGGGGUGGAUGGAGUGUGUACAAACACAGGACAAUGACAGCAGAGAGAAGGAUUUGCAGUCUGAUCUUGGUAGAAAACUUUGUUAGUUAAUAUUUCCUUUUUGUGUUGAUUUUGAAAAACUAUUCAGGAGACAUUAUGUCGCUCUAACAAACAAAUUGGCUGUUGCAAAAGUAGUAAUAUAUAAAUGUAAUUCCUAGGAGAGAGGGCAGUUACCUAUGUUGCUAACAGAUUUGUUACCUACAAGGCAUGCUAAAUUGUAAAAAUGUUAACAGAGGUAAUCAGUUUGUUAAUUUAUAUUUUUAAUUCAACAUGUUUAAAUAAGUAUAAGGAUGGAAUUUAGUUAAGAAAAAAAUCUACAGUUUAUACAUAUGAAAAGUUAGUAGUGUAGAGAAUAGAAGUUAAUUUGAAUAUUGGUGACUGUCUCUGUCAGAUCUGCAGGGUCAAGGUUUUAGUUCUGACAUUCUAUUCAAAGAAUAUGCUAAAUCUUGAUGAUUCAGCAGUGGAAGUUUGGUAUACAGCAUAACAAAAAUGAUGUGUUUAUUAUUAGAAAUGUGAAAUCAGCUCAUUGUGCUACGUGGGUUGUAUGCACAUGAAUAAAGAAGCAUCAAAAACC